CAAACUCUCUAUUAGAUCAACUUGAUCAUGGGUCAUCCCGCAGUUUAGCUGAUAGAUUUUAAUUGGACUGUUUCUUUCCUUCCUUCUUUAUCUAGGGUUUAUGUGAUUGCAAAUUAGGAUUUCCGAGAAAGAGCAGGCAAACAAUUACAAAUGGCUCUUCUUGUCUCUGUACCAAUUUCCUCUUCAUCUUCUUUAUAUGGCGUUUCAUCAACCAGGGUCACUCUUGGUCUCCCAUCUUGCAGGUUACCCAUUGGUGUACUCUCAAAGUCUUUUGAUGGAAUUUGCUUAAGCACCCCCGUGGGAAAGGGUUUAAUGACAGUUAAGGCGUUGUCUGACAGUAAGGGGACAAGUCCAGAUAGUGGGCAACCUGUGUCUGAAAGUGAUGAUGAAGAGGAGGAUGUGGUUCUUGAUAAAAUUCCUUUGGAUUCAAAGCUGCAGCUGAAGCUUGAGCACAAGAUGAAGAUGAAGUUGGGGAAGAAGAUAAGGCUUACGAGUAAGAAGCUUGAUCGGAAGCGAGGGAUGAGGAAGAGGGGACAGUGGCCACCAUCAAAAGUAAACAAGUUGAAGAAUGUCUAAACUGCCUGUUGUUUUGCAGACUGAGCAGAUGCAGAUUCCCUACAACAGAGAUUCAGCGGUGCUUGUGAUGUUAUUCAGUCAAAAACAUCCCUUCUCUUUCUGUUCAGUUUCAACGUCCAUGAAGUUGGAGAAUGAAGAUUAUAGCCGUAUAAAUAAUACUUGAAGGAGCCUAUCAAACAUAAACUUUUGGCCUCAUCAGGCUCAGUUCCAACCCUUUUUUGUAGCCUGGACGAGCCAUUCAUUCCAUGCUAGGCAUUCUUGCCUGUUCUGUAUGUGUAAACUUUCCUUUAAGCACUUGUUAAAAGAUUGUAUAUUCAGUACAUCAUGUAAUUGCCAUUAUUUUGCCGCUUCAAA